AUGACCACGCCUUGGUGGAAAGAGUGGGAUCCCAACGAGGUUACCAUUGGAGACACCAGUGUGCCAGAUAACUGGAAAACCUGCGUUCUUUCGCAAGUAUUUUAUGGUGGGAACAACUAUAAUGGACAAUUUGGAUCCCGUUUGUCGUCUGUGUUUGUGAUAUUGUUUGUAUCAACAGUUUUCACACUUUUCCCCGUUGUGGCCGCCCAAGUAAAAUGGCUCAGAAUCCCACGUUACAUCUACUACUUUGCGAGGUAUUUUGGAACUGGAGUGAUUAUAGCCACUGCAUUCAUUCACUUGCUAGAUCCUGCUUACGACGAGAUUGGCGGCGGCAGUUGUGUGGGCCAGACCGGUAACUGGGCCAUUUACUCGUGGUGUCCAGCUAUUGUAUUAACCACAGUGAUGAUCACAUUCUUAGUUGACCUUUUCAGUGGCAUUUACGUGGAGAAAAAGUACGGGGACCGCUUAGGAUCGUGUUGUGACAAUGAAUGUAUCGAAAAUGCCGUGGUAGUCCGAAGAUCUUUGAGAGUGAGCGGUAGCUGCUCCAACAACGACUUAGAACAAAGCAGCACAGACCAUGGUUCAAACAAAAAGUUUUACGACGAAACUGUUUCGGAAACUGAAACUGAGAUCAGCCAACAACCUUUUCAAAGUCAAAUAAGUGCUUUCCUGAUUUUAGAGUUUGGCAUUAUUUUCCAUUCGGUGAUGAUCGGUCUGAAUCUCGGAACCACCGGUGAUAGCUUUCCGACUUUGUAUGCGGUUUUAGUGUUCCAUCAGUCUUUUGAAGGUCUGGGAAUCGGUGCCAGACUUUCAGCAAUUCAGUUUCCAAUAGAUAAAAGAUGGUGGUCCUACGCUUUAUGCGUAGCGUACGGGAUCACAACCCCUAUCAGCAUUGCCAUCGGACUUGGAGUGAGAACCACGUACGAUGGUAACUCCUACACAGUCAACGUUGUUUCAGGAGUACUUGACGCCAUCUCCGCCGGUAUUCUAAUCUACACGGGUUUAGUCGAGCUUCUGGCUCGAGACUUCUUGUUUUACCAAAGCUCAAAUAGAGAUGUGAAAAGAGUGUGCUUCAGUGUGGCUUGUGUACUUUUAGGUGCUGGCAUCAUGGCCCUGUUGGGCAAGUGGGCAUGA